AUGACUCCAGGACAAGGGGCAGCCCUAGUGAGGGUCAGAUUUAGGCUGGUCUCUGUGGCCCUCCUGCCCCAUCCUCCAGAGGCCUGCCCCCCCAAGAACCAGCAGGCCCCCAGCAGCAUGCCAGCGCCCUACCAUGAGGAAGUUGUGGAUGCCUCUUCAGGCUCCUCUGACGACGUUGACAGGGGAAAUGACCCCUAUGAAUUGACAUCAGUAAUCUGUGACGGAGCCACCUGUGAAAGCUAUGAGCAGAAUGAAUUGAUAUCUGUAACCAAUAAAGAAGCCAUCACUGAAAGCACUGCCCUGAAUGAAUUGACAUCAGAAACCUAUAAGGAUGGCAACAAUGAAACCACUGCCCCGAGUGAAUGGACAGCAGCGUCCUCUGAAGGACUCUCCAAUGCAAACCAUGACCAGAGCCAGGUGGAAAAGGUAACUUGUGUUGAACCCUUCAAUGAAAGUAUGAUGGGACUGCUGUCCAAGAUCGAUGAUGGUGAAGAAGACAGUGACUCUCUCAAUUCACAUUACAGCAGGAUUAAGAGAAUUGUGUACUUGAUUGUAUCAUCCUUCCCUUUCAGAAUACUUGGAAUUUUGCUGACCUUUGUGGAUGUGUCCCUCAUCAUUACAGACAUACUUAUCUCUGAUAGCACGAUAUAUAUUCCUUUGGAGUAUCGUGCAGUUUCUUUAGCUAUGGGUUUAUUUUUUUUCAUGGACGUUUUUCUUCGAGUGUCUAUAGAAGGGGUACGACGGUAUUUUUCCGAUAUGUUGAACUCCUUAGAUGCUUCCAUUAUUGUGGUUUCUCUACUGGUCAAUAUUGCUUAUUUUUUCUACAACUUCAAGUUUCUUAAAAAUUUCCCCAAAUUGAGAAUUGUUUUACUACCUCUACGACUUAUCCUUCUGUCAAGAGCUCUUCAUCUGGCUCAGCAAAACAGACAUCUUGCAAUGCUGACCAGGAGGAGGGUUUCAGAAAACAAACGGCGAUACAAGAAGGAUGGAUUUGACUUAGACCUCACUUACGUUACCGAGCGUAUUAUUGCCAUGUCAUUCCCAUCUUCUGGAAAGCAGUCUUUCUAUAGGAAUCCCAUGAAGGAAGUUGUACGGUUCCUGGAUACCAAGCAUCAAAACCACUACCGCGUCUACAAUCUCUGCAGUGAAAGAGCUUACGAUGCUAAGUACUUCCAUGAUAGGGUCUGUCGAUACAUGAUUGACGAUCACAGUGUCCCUUCUCUGAGUGAGAUGGUGGCGUUCUCCAAGGACGUAAAAGAGUGGAUGGCUCAAGAUGAGGAAAACAUCACAGUGAUUCAUUGUAAGGGGGGCAAAGGAAGAACUGGAACUAUGGUCUGUGCCUAUCUUCUUGCCAGUGAAAUAUUUGCAACCGCAGAGGACAGCCUUCAUUACUUUGGAGAACGACGAACGGAUAAAUCCAUCAGCAGUAAAUAUCAGGGAGUAGAAAAUCCUUCUCAGAAGAGAUUUGUUGGAUAUUUUGCAAUGGUGAAAAAUACCUACAAGUUGACUCUUCCUCCAGUGAAGAAACUCACGAUGAAAACAAUCAUUAUUUAUUCAAUUCGUGGUGUUGGAGAAGGCAAUGGAAAUGAUCUAAAAGUAGAAAUAAUAAUGCAAGGAAAGCCUGUCUUCUUCUGUUCUGCUUCCAAAAACUGUAGGAUGGUUCAUGAUGCUGAAACAGACAGAGUAAUAAUUAAUCUAUCCAACUGUCCAGCUCUGUAUGAUGAGGUGAAAGUGAAAUUUCUCUCUUCUUGUUCGGCUCUUCCUAAAUACUAUGACAACUGUCCAUUUUUCUUUUGGUUCCAUACAUCAUUUAUACAAAAUAACAGGCUUUAUCUUUCAAGAAGUGAAUUGGAUAAUCCCCACAAACCGAAAGCAUGGAAAAUUUACCGUCCAGAGUUUGCAGUCGAGGUCUAUUUUGAUGAGGUGACCAACUGGGCGGACGUACCAGUGUGGAUCAUGAUCACCGCAUCAGCCGCGGGGGCGGAUGAAGCACUCUUUAUUAGAGGCCUGGGGGGUCUCGGAGCAGCACAGAAUGAGGCGGCUGACCUCACUGGUGACGACAAGGGCUCCCGUAAACCAGACGACCAGGGAACAGCUGCCCAUCCCAAGUCUACGGGAGAGACCACUUUGCCCACAAGCACCACCACUCCGUCCCCAGACGGGGAGCCAGGGCCUCUCUCGGCUUUGGCACGCUGCUCCCUGGAAGGGCUUCCGAUGGGCAGAGGCAAGAAGGGCGUGGUCCAGAGUGGAUCAGCAGCCCCACAGGUGGUCCCACAGACUUCUCUGGGAUCCCGCCCAGGCCAGGACACACAGAGGCAGAAGCUCGGGGCCGCUGUCGGCCACAGUCUAAACAGAGCAGCCCAGGCCCCUCCCCUCAGCCCCUGCCUUGAGCUCAAGCCCAGCAGAGAGGAGCUCCUUGGGACGGGAGGAGGGGCUGGCACAGGCGAGGGCCGUGCUGCUUCCCAAAGGCUCUGGGCCACACCAACAAUGUGUCCAAGCCUGGAAUGUGAUCCCGCCUGGAAGAAGAUGGAUGGCACUGUUCUCACCGAGGAGCACCUUGGGAAAAUCCAGGACGCUUACUCUGAAACUUAA